AUGUUUUUCGUGAAUUUUGUCCUUGCAUUUGGUGUUUUUGCAACCUGUGGAGAAUGUGUUAGAAAUUAUAUUCAAGAGUUGGAAGCUUAUCAGUCUGCCAAAGUUGAAUCCAACUGUAUCAAAGAAGCUUUAGGUAGAAUAUUGAGUAUUUGCAGAGACGAAGGAGUUGAAUAUCUUUCUAUUGAAGAGAGGAAGUAUCUGGCAUUGAAAUUAACACUUUGUGAGAUGAAUAACUUACACAUCCAAAUACCCCAAGGGUGUUUAAACUUGAAUACCAUAUUAGAUUAUGAUGAUUGCAUUAAAAUCUUAGAAAAGAUUCCUCAGUAUUGGACAAGUUUCAGUGGGAACUUCAGAGAAAUCAAAAAGAUUUGUUUUGAAGAAUCUUUACCUUAUGAGAAGGAACAGAUAUUGAGUUUAUAUACUAAUAUCACCAGAUUAUUUAUCAAACUUGACAAAGACUUCAGCAAUUCUCUAGCAGACUCGAAAAUCGUGCAAAACAAUAUGAAACAGAAGCUAGAUGAGUUAGUUCAUCAAGUCGAAUUCAUCACAGACAUGGUGAUGAAGACUCAACAUGACACCAUGAAGGGGCUCAAAGAUACUACUGUAGACCUCCAAAACAGUUUUGAAAACAGUCUUGAAUUGAUAGUGUCAUUAACUCAAGUAGGUAAGAUUAACUUGAACGAAAUGGCAGUCAACCUAAAUUUCUUGAACAAAGAACUAAGUGAGAUCCUGAAAGCUAUUGUCAAUUCAGGGAUCGAAAAAGUAAUGUCAGAAUUGAAGGAGACAGUUGAUCUUAAAUCUCAUGAAAUCUCUGACACCCUUUCCCAAGUAGUAGAUGACGUUAAAGAUAAACUCGAAGGAAUGGGCUCAUAUUUAGAAGAAACAGAAAAGAAAGAAAUCCUGAUUUUCAAAAAUUUAAUGGAAACUAACAAUCUUGUUUCAAGAAUUAAUGAAGUGUUAAAAGACACAGGACAAAACGCUUUGGUUCAACAGCAAAAUAAGCGACUUAAUGAAGCUUAUAUCAAUGAUUUCUUAACUGAGUUGUUUGGCGAACUCGAGGAGUCCUUCUUGGAGGUUGAAGAGAGAAUGCACGAAUCACUAAACGACAUAGACACCCAAGUGUCAAGAACAUUGAAAACAGUUAGCCAAAUUGACAAAAAAAUUGAAAGUUUGAUGAGAGUAUUUCAACUAGCUUCACUUCCUAGCUUCAUCAGGGCAAAGGUUAUAAAUGGGUACGAAUUUACCAUUCAAACAAGCAAGUAUGUCUUACAGCAGCUAAAAAAUGUUACUGUGUCCACAGAAAUUCUUAUACGACUCCUCGUAUUACUCCCCACAAUACCUUUCGUUUAUCAAAUUAUCGGUCUUGUGACUUCAAUCAUGAAAUCUUCAGCCCCCUCAACAAGGUCUGUUUUAAGGAAGCAACGUCGAUCCCCCAUAAUUUUUGUUACUAUUUGUGUCAUCUAUUUGUUUUUGCUAUUGGUUUUUGUGGCCUUUCUAUUUUCCAGCAAGCCUGGGGAUGGGACAAUUAUGUGGAGAGAUGCGAAAUCUUCUUAUCAGUGA